AUGAGUCUCCCGCAGUACAAGAAAGACUUCCUACGGGCCGCUGUUGAGGGUGGCGCCCUUCGGUUCGGGUCUUUCGAGCUAAAAUCGAAGCGCAUAUCUCCUUACUUCUUCAAUGCCGGUGAUUUCUAUACUGGCGAGCUGCAUGAGCCUAUCAUGGAUGCAUACGCCCAAACUAUCGCCACAAGCGAGCUGGCUGACGGUUUUGACGUUAUCUUCGGCCCGGCCUACAAGGGUAUCCCGCUUGCCGCCACCGUCUUCUACGCCCUCAUCAAAUUAGACCGCGCCAAGUACCGCCAUGCCGCCUAUAGCUUCGAUCGCAAGGAAGCCAAGGAUCAUGGAGAGGGAGGUAGCAUUGUCGGAUCGCCGCUCAAGGGCAAACGCGUCCUCAUCAUCGACGAUGUUGUAUCUGCCGGUACUGCUAAGCGGCAGGCCAUCGACAUGAUUCGAGCUGCCGGUGGCACUGUUGUAGGUAUCAUCGUCGCCUUAGAUCGUCAAGAGACCCUACCGGACGGCGACGGCAAGACAAGCGCCAUCGGUCAGCUCAAGAAGGAAUACCAAAUCCCCAUCAUCCCCAUCGUGAAGCUCGACGACAUCAUCGACGGCAUGAAGGGAGUUAUCUCGGAAUCUGACAUCAAGAAAAUCGAGGAGUACCGUGCUCAGUCCUUCCGCAACCUCUCGUCCCGCGCCCGCAUGGGCGUCGGCCUGGGCUUGCUGGCCUGGGGCGCCAUCGGUCUGCAGCUGUCUGAUCGGGCCGAGGAGCGGUACGGCUUCACGCCCACCGACGAGGACAAGGCCGCCCUCGACAAGAUCCUGCCGAGCGUCACCGUCGUCGACAGGGACGUCGAUAGUGGCGCCGGUAGUGCUAGCGGUAGUGGUAGUGGUGGCAAGCAGCGGUGA